AUGAACAACAUAAAGGUUUUCGACAGGAAACGAAGAAAAGCGGAUAAUAAUCAGGCAUACAUUGAACGGCGAAGGCAAAUAGGAGAUGGUGGACGGAAAAAGGCGAUAAAGAUUGCAUCUUUGUACAGAAAUAUUGUUGGGUGCCUGAAACCUGAUGAGUGCUUCGAGUUCUCUCACUCGUUCUCUGUGAUUUGUCUUGUUCUUGUUGUGGACUAUAGCAUGUGUGUGUGUUGUACUGCUGAAGAGUUGGUGCUUGGUAGGGACUACGGAGGACCAAACGGAAUCGGGUCGCAACGGGCACCAUGUGUAUUACCUGUGUCACUCACUGCAUUCUAA